GAGAGAGAGAGAGAGAGAGAGAGAGAGAGUGUGUGUUUUACAGGGAAAGACCAAAGCAGGUGCUGACUUUACAGUACGCUGACGACCUUCCACUUGGAGCUCCCUGUGAAAUGACACCGUUUAGAGGAAAUUGCUCGUCAGCUGUUUGUUGGAGACCACUGCAUUUCCUCUUAGCUGCUGUGGAGCAGAAGAUCUUGGCUCUGUAGCCUCUCCCUGUGAUUGGCUGUCACACUUUAGGCUCCCCCCUCCUCCCACUUUCUCCCCUGUUCUCCCUCUCUUCCUCCUCUGCUACCAACCACCUCCAUACUGUCCUCAGGCUUACCUGAGCCACCACUGCAGAAACACUGGACCCCCUCCUCCUCACACACGCACAUGCACACACACACACACGCACUCACACACCUACACACACACACACACACACACACACACACACACACACACACACACACACACACACAUUCUCUCUCUCUCUCUUUCUCCUUCUCAACACACAGUUUUUCACCUGGAGAGGGCAGGCGCAAGGGACGGCAUGUGCAGCAGCAGCAGCAGCAGCAGCAGCAGCAGCAGCAGCAGCAGCAGCAGCAGCAGCAGCAGCAGCAACACUCUCUCCUCACAUCUAACGCUGCCUCUCUGAGUUGCCUCUUUCUGGAGAUUGGAGAGGAACUCUGUUUUGGAGCCAUUGUCUCUUGGUGAAAGCAGGAGAGACGGGGGCAGUGAAGGGACACUUGUCAACCCACCAAAGGCAACACACACACAGCAUGAUUUUGGGAGGCAUUAACCGGGCGGGUGCAGCCGUGCCGACGUUCCUACGGACCCCGACGGUAAUCCAGCCCCACCUGGACAUGAAGCCCUUCCUGCAGUUUCCCAUGGAACCCCCCCCUCCUCCUCCACACAACAUGAGCCUCUUCCACAACUUCAACACAAUGGACCCAGUACAGAAGGCUGUGAUAAACCACACAUUUGGAGUUCCUCUAGUCAAGACCAAGCGGCCGGUCAUCUCCUGCAACGUCUGCCAGAUCCGCUUCAACUCAGAGAGCCAGGCAGAGGCCCAUUACAAAGGGAACCGACAUGCCAGGAGAGUCAAAGGCAUUGAGACCUCCAAGAGUCGCCCUCAGGAGAGGGACAAGCUUCACGCCCUCCCCCCCACCUCAUCCCCGUCUCCACCUGGAGCCCCUGGCAACGCUCCAGACAGUGAGCCCAGCAGAGCGGAUGAAACGCAACCUUUGUCCCAGUUAAACGGGUCCCUACUGGCCCCCGGGCCCCUUCCCUCACUACCGACCCCACCCACUCCACCCAUGGACUCCCCAUCGGCCUGCCCUCUGCUUCCAACGCCCACCACUCCCCUGAUCCCCACGGCCUCCUCCUCUCCAGGUGGAGGCAGCAGCAGCGCUACCGCCUCAGAACAGCCCGCGUCCGGACCCCCAAUUUCAGGAGGUGUUGGCACACCGGCCUCUAGCAGCCCGUCCAACCCAGAGACAGAGGACGAUAAGGCCAAGAAGCUGCUGUACUGCUCACUGUGCAAGGUGGCUGUCAACUCCUUGUCACAGCUUGAGGCCCACAAUAAAGGUACGAAACACAAAACAAUCCUAGAGGCACGAAGCGGGCUGGGCCCCAUCAAGGCAUAUCCUCGCCUGGGCCCCAAGCCCAAUGGAGAGCAGGGAGGGGGGCCAGUGGACCCCAACACUCAGGAAAGAACCUUCCACUGUGAAAUCUGCAAUGUGCGGGUCAACUCAGAACUGCAACUCAAACAGCACAUAUCAAGUCGAAGGCAUCGGGAUGGUAUGGCAGGAAAGCCGAACCCCCUCCUCAGCAGACACAAGAAGCACAGAGGAGCUGAUCUGACGUCUUCUUUGACCUUCUCCAAGGAUCUCACCAAAGCUUUGGGUGCAGGGCUGCUGCCCAGCCCCUUGGCUGUAAUGGCAAUGGCUGCUGCAGCAUCUUCAAAUCCCCUGGGUCUCCGUGCACCUGCUCCCGCGCAUCACCCACACCAUCACCUCUUGCAAGGCCCACCUCUCAGCCAUGCUAUCCUGAGACCUGCCCCCGGGCCCAUCCGCACCACCCAUGGGCCGAUCCUCUUCUCUCCUUACUGACACAUCACCAUGAGACUUCAGCCAGUCAGGAACAUCUACUCCAAAAGCACACUGUGAAGCUACAAAAAUGAUCGACAAACAGCAAUUGAUGAGUGGGAGAAAAAAAGAAAUCCAAUAAUUUAAAUGUGUGACUGAUUUUUAAAAAAAAAAGCAAGGGAAGGGAGCAAUGGAAAGGAGUGGAACUGUUAUGUCUCUCUUCCUCCCUUUACCUGAAACUCUCUAUUCACUCUUCUCCUUUUUCCAAAAACUUCUGAGUGACAUACAGAUGGAAUGAGCUGAGAGAUAUUACUAAUUAUGCAUCGAACUCCCUUUUACAUUUCUUAACACUCCUGGCCCCUCCCUUGCACUGUGGCCCAACGGUUGCCACCUUAACAUAGAAAAGAAACACAUGCAAGUCUUUCUAGAAACUUCAAAACAUGCAUAGUGUAACAUUAUGAUUCUGGGCCAGGUCUGAUUUCCUCUGUCAUCACGGCUAAGCGUGUUCUUCUCAUCCUAUGCACCUCAACAAUCAAGACAAUAGUGUUAUGUCAGUAGCGUAGCUGCUUCCAUCGGUCUUUGCUGUAUGCGCCACAAGUAGCUGUGGCGGCCUCCACGGUACUGUACAUGUCCUGCUUCGGAGGCCGGCGGCUCUCCAAUUUGUGACACUAGGUCUUCGCUAGAUGCAACGUGACUUUGGCUGACAGGCAGGUGCCACUCACAUCUGAGCAUGUCUGAUGGGUCAGUUAGGAGAGCCAAUAAGUGAUGAGGGGGGGGAGUUGCAGCCCCACGUCAUUUCCGGAGAAGGUGAGGUGAGAGGACGGCUGGCACGGGUCAGUGGGCAGAUUGACCACAGGCGCCAUGCGUACGCGCGAAGGCCUGAGCAAAUCUGUGUUUUAAAAUAAACUGUACAGACGAAUACCACUACAGGGCACAUAUGCCAACCUCCAUAACAGUCAAAGGAGAAAGGAGAUGGGAGGAGCAGCAAAAGUCAUAUUGGUACAUACUGUACUGCUGUAUUGAAUACGUGAUCAUUACUUUUAGCUUAGAUUGUAAGUAAAGGAAGUAAUUCAGUGCUACUGAAGAGAGCAUAGGUGAUAUUUGGCAAAAUCUCUCUUCUUAUUGUGUUAAGAGAUAUGUUGACAUCCUCACAUCUCCCCGGUUUCAUUCUCAGACUGAUUUACUGCGUAGAUGGGCUGGUAUGACCUACAUGUGACCCGGUGUUCUGGUGUAUUUAUGUUGUUCCUGCAUGCAUCUUUACAAUAAGGCUCUGCAGGGACAGGCUUUUGCAACUUUGGGUUGACUCCUUUCAUUCCUGCACAGUCCUCCUACUCCUCACCUCUCUGACAUCCAAAGGUUAUUUGAGUCAAUUACAGAAGGCACAUCUGGUAACUGGCAGACCAUAAUAGUGAAAGGGAACAAAUUAAAUAGAGGAAGAUGAAAGCCAAAUACAUUCUCGGAGAAAUUAUCUUGAGCUGGAGUGACAACCGCGCCAGAAGCCAAGGGGAGCCGCCCGGAGCGGGAGCCGUGACGUCCAGCUCAAGGCAACGAUACUUCCUGUCUUACAACUGAAAGCCAUGAAAUGCACCAUGAUUUGUUUUCUUUUACAAAGACUGGUGAGCACUUUGUUUUAUUUGGUUUGGACUGUUGGUUUGUGUUUUUAAUCCACAACGAACAAAAACAACAAAAAACAAGCAAAAUAGAAAAUACAUUAAAAAAAAAUAUUUUUGUAGGUAGAAGAUGUUAAUAAACUCAUCCAUGAAGGGAACUGAAGAAGGGUGUAUUUGGCAAGUGACCCAGACACACUGACAACAGGCAGAGCAGGUGGGGAAGCAUCUAAAACUAGAUGAGCAGAAGCAGACCUAUCUUGCCUGACAGCUUGAAAUUAACACCCCCUUCUGAGCAAGAUGUACACUGUGCCGUUUCAUUGAGAAGCAAUGAGCUCUAAUGUCUUAUCUUUGUCUGAAUAUUGCAAUGCAAUGAGCAAUUUUUAUCAGAGUGACUUGUUAUCAUUGUGACAUGUUGUGACAUGUUGUCUGGAGUCGUGUUAACUGGGUGCAUGCCAGCUGACAGACUUUUCUGUUCUUCCAUGAGGAGUUCAGGUCCUCUAAGCGAUUGAGGGAGGUAUGGCGAGAGGCUGAGGGGUAGCUUGGCACAGGGACCCACCCUUCAUAUUAAAGGGCCUUUUUACAAUGGGAAUUUCUGCUUAGGGAACAGGGUACAACACCAGGUAUCAAAGGAUUAAAGCUAGAUGACCUGUUCAACAGGCUCUUUUUUUAUUUGAAUUACUGAGUUGCAUUUUCUUUCCAGUGUGAGAAGUGUGUCUGAGAGAAAAUCAGAGGGACAUUAUCAAUGCCAUUACUUAAAGCAGAAGCCGGCUUGGUGUCCGCUUCCACCAUCGUGCUCUUUUUGUUGCAGGAAGUAAUCUUCAAGUUCAUGUUUUGUGAGUGAGACAUUAUUCCAGGAUUUGUGCUUGACUUUCUGUUGAUGUGUGCAUCAUAUGUAUUCUAGUGUGUGCUGGGACCUGCUCUCUCCUCACCUCACCGAUCAGAGAAAGAGGCAACCUGGAGCUAUAAAGUGGCCUAACACAGUAGUCGAAACAAAAAUCUGUAUGUGUUUGGUUUAGGAAGAUUGAUCAGUCAUUGAGAAUUAUAGGACGGAACAAUAAGUCAAGCUUCUCAAACUACUGUCACCCAUACUAAGUCAGUCAGUCAAGUAGCACCAGAACUAUGUUCAUGUUGUCAUUGAUAUGUUCAUAAAGUGGUAAUUGCCAUUUAGUCAUCGUCAUUAUUCACGUUUGGGAAAUAAAUGUUAGAUUCCUAUAUUUUGGGCAGGUACUUCAUGUUAGCUGUGUUUAGGCUCCUAGCCUUAGCCUUAUUCUGCCCUCGGUCUCUCUCUGAGUAGAGAGAGAGAGAGAGAAAGAUGGAGAGAGAGAGAGAUGGAGAGGCUUAUGGUGUGAUUUCCUUUUGCCAAUAAAGUUAUUUUUGAACUUCAUUAUCAGAGGAAGAAAAGGUUUGUAUGGCGAAUUGCAGCAAUACCUGACUCAUUCUGGCUACUCUUGUUUUUGCAAUAAGAAAAGGAAACAAUAAAUGUCUAUGUGAGUAAAACAUUAUCUGUGUAAUUUAAGUGAAAAAGAAACUUUAUGGUAAAUACUAUUGAUAUCAAGAGAAACCAUGAUGGAAAAAAGUAAGUGUCAAUAAAUGAUUAAAUGAU